AUGGCAAAGAAUGAGAUAAUAUCGAUGCUACGUCAGAAAAUAGCGGAGCUUGAAAACAGGCCACCAAACAUUUUGCCUCCCUCAUACAGCACAAUACUGCAAGGAAAUGAGAGACAUAUCCCUGAAGUCUCCGCCGGCCCCAAUAUACCCAGUAUUAUCAUAAAACCUAAACAACAUCAAGAUUCCAAUAAAACCAAUGUUGAUGUCAAACGAAACAUUAAACCCUCGGAGCUUAAAGUGUCCAUUAAGGGAACAAGAAUCCUCAAAAAUGGUGGUAUGGUCAUUAAAUGCUCCAAUAAAUCUGACGUAGAUAUCCUGAAAAAAGAAGCUGAGAAUGAAGAAGACAAUAUAAAAAUUACCUAUAUAAAAAGACCUGAAAAACUGAAUGCUCUAAAUACAGUGUUUGGAGAGUGCCCUCCAGACGUGUUCCGAAAACUAAUGACAGCGAAGAAAGUAUUCAUAGACUGGCAACGAUACAGUGUUGUUGAGGACUUGGGUAUACCCAGGUGCUUCAAUUGUCAACAGUAUUACCACAGAAUGGACACAUGUCCCAAUACAACAGUGUGCGAAGUUUGUGCGGGAGAUCAUAACAUUAAAGACUGUCUGAAAUUGAACAAAAAAUGUAAUAACUGUCAGAUAGCCAAUGAAAAGUAUAGGUAA